AUGGCUCCUCAUGCACCAAAGAUGAUUGGCAACAAAGUUGAAAUUGACAAGCUGAAUGACUCUGAUCAGCCUUGGAGUGUUGUUGUUAUUGUCGAGGAGAAGCAAAAUCCUUUUGGCAACUACACUAAAACCCAGAAGAUGAUAUUCAGUGAUGAAAAGGGUGCAAAAGUAGAAGCCAUCAUGUUUGGACAGGUUGUCGGCAUCAUGGCACCACGAUUCCAGGCGUGCAAAAAAUACCGCAUCUCCAAUGCACCUAUCCGGUUCAUAAAACCAGAGUAUAUGACUCCUGGUCUUACCAAACAAUGGGUCAUCAGUGUUGGGACGGUUGUUGAAGAGGUUAACGAACCAAUUACUGCUCUUGUGACCAAAAAGCAAUACACACCCUUUGAUUCCCUCAAUGAGUUUGUUGGUGUUCAAGAUGGUUUUGUGGGAAUCGAGGUAACCACUUCACAUAGAUCGGUGGUCUUGAUCAAUCCUCCUUCUGACAAUGCAAGGAAAUUGAGAAACUGGUGUCGUCUAAGAGCUAAGAUUCAUGACGAGACCGGAUCAAUCCAAGCUACCAUUUUCGGUGAUAUCGCAGAAAAGAUAUUGGGUUUCACUGCAACAGAAAUCGUAGAAACCCUACAAAGAGGGCUUCGGGAUUACUAUGUUGUCAACUUAAUUGAGGACAACGGUUCUUUUGUGACCCCAUUACUAAUACCCGCCAGAGACAGUGAACUCGCAGAUGAACUUCCUGAGGAACCCACCACUGAAGUUAUUUCGAUCAAACAAAUAGGCAACCGACAUGAGAAUGUUACGGUGAGAGUUUACAUUGAUUUCAAAGGCAUACCUCAAAUGUUUUACUAUCUCUCUUGCAAAAACUGUGAUGCGGGAACCUCACACAUGUAUAAUACUCCAUUCCAAUGCACCAUAUGCAAAGUGAAACAAUAUGCAGACAACCCAAGAUGUCGCAUAAGGUUGAACUGGCGUGAUGAUACAGAUCACUUGCAAGCUAAUGCGUUCGGUGUUAUCGGAGAGAAAUUCUUGGGUGUUACAGCAAAGGAGAUGAUUGAAGAGCGAGAAAAGUUUGACAUGAAAGCUAUUGAACAAAAACUGGAACGCCAAAAAUACAUGAUUCAGCUGAAACGGUGCAAAGUAUUGUACGAUGGCCAUCGUGAUUACGACAUCGUCAGUUGUAUGGAAGAUGACACCCCAAAUGUUGAGAUGCAUUUACUGUGCACCAAAAUUGCUGCUCCUAUAGCCUCUGACAAAGAUGCUGACACUGCAGAAAGAUCUUCAACUAAUCAGAUUGAUGAUAACUCUCCCUCUGACACCAACGAAGUUCCUGUCCCGCUGAAAAGGCCAUAUUCUCGAAGCAGCAAAGUAAAGAAUCACAGUGAAGGCGUUGCUGACGAUGUUCCUUUGAAGAGAGCAACCAAACGUAACAAGGAAGCAUUGGUUUGA